GUCUGAGCUGCCGCUACAUUUAGGAGAAACAGCAGUGCCUGCGGCUCCCAGUCUCCAGGGGACCCAUGGGGGGGACGGUGUCACAGGCAUGGACACCACCCCCCAAGGGUCUCUGCUGCCAGCUCCUCUCUUCUUCAUAAGCUGGUGCCCUGGGUGCCUAGGGGAAGACUCUGGACAUCUGUCUCCCGGGAAAGACUGCAGCUCAGAGAGCUUCUCAGGGGGAAGAAUUUGAAGCCAAGUCAGGCUGUCUCCUCUGGGAAAGAACCCUGGACGUGGGGCUAUCACCAGCUCAGCAAUGCCUAUAGUUAGGCCGCCAGGAUUCCCAGUGGGAACAUUCAACCCUUGCCCAGUGUGUAUGUGUGUGUGUGGGGGGGAGGCAUUUUCUUUCCACAGCUGGCAUUUCUUCCUCCUUGGUAAGUUUGUGGUGGAGAAGAGAUGUAAGAGAGGGUGCGGACAGUGAGGUCCAGGGAAGGAAGUAAGACAGAGAAUGCAGGACAAACUUAGCGUGGACUUCAAAAUAGCCUUCAGGUGGGAUGAGGAAGUCCUGCCCUGGUCCAGCACUGACAAAAGGACUCUACCCAUUGAGAACCAUCAGCUGUCAAGGGGCCCACCUCUCCUAGCUUCAGAAACUCACUCACGGCCUAGGUGUUUGGUUGGGGACAGCCCAGCAGUGAGGUGCUGUGCAGUCCAGCUAGCGGAGGCGACACUAGGACCUGCAGUACCUCCCUUCCCUGAAAAGAGCCACGGAACACGCACGUGCUGGUCGCUGUGCGCUCAGGACCUCAUAGGACUCUCGGCGCUCUGUGAGCUUAGGAAGCGCCGGCGCGCGCGCGGCCAUGGCGCAGGAGAACGCCGCCUUCUCGCCGGGGCCCGACGAGCCCCCGCGGCGCCGCGGCCGGCAGCGCUACGUGGAGAAGGACGGGCGCUGCAACGUGCAGCAGGGCAACGUGCGCGAGACGUACCGCUACCUCACCGACCUGUUCACCACGCUCGUGGACCUGCAGUGGCGCCUCAGCCUGCUCUUCUUCGUGCUCGCCUACGCGCUCACCUGGCUCUUCUUCGGCGCCAUCUGGUGGCUGAUCGCGUACGGCCGCGGCGACCUGGAGCACCUGGAGGACACGGCCUGGACGCCGUGCGUCAACAACCUCAACGGCUUCGUGGCCGCCUUCCUCUUCUCCAUCGAGACCGAGACCACCAUCGGCUACGGCCACCGCGUCAUCACCGACCAGUGCCCCGAGGGCAUCGUGCUGCUGCUGCUGCAGGCCAUCCUGGGCUCCAUGGUGAACGCCUUCAUGGUGGGCUGCAUGUUCGUGAAGAUCUCGCAGCCCAACAAGCGCGCCGCCACGCUCGUCUUCUCCUCGCACGCCGUGGUGUCGCUGCGCGACGGCCGCCUCUGCCUCAUGUUCCGCGUGGGCGACCUGCGCUCCUCGCACAUCGUCGAGGCCUCCAUCCGCGCCAAGCUCAUCCGCUCGCGGCAGACGCUCGAGGGCGAGUUCAUCCCGCUGCACCAGACCGACCUCAGCGUGGGCUUCGACACGGGCGACGACCGCCUCUUCCUCGUCUCGCCGCUCGUCAUCAGCCACGAGAUCGACGCCGCCAGCCCCUUCUGGGAAGCGUCGCGCCGCGCCCUGGAGAGGGACGACUUCGAGAUCGUCGUCAUCCUCGAGGGCAUGGUGGAGGCCACCGGAAUGACAUGCCAAGCUCGGAGUUCCUACCUGGUAGAUGAGGUGCUGUGGGGCCACCGCUUCACAUCAGUGCUGACCCUGGAAGACGGCUUCUACGAGGUGGACUAUGCCAGCUUCCACCAGACCUUUGAGGUGCCCACCCCCUCCUGCAGUGCCCGGGAGCUGGCGGAGGCGGCAGCCCGCCUCGACGCCCAUCUUUACUGGUCCAUCCCAAGCCGGUUGGAUGAGAAGGUGGAGGAGGAGGGAGCAGGGGAGGGGGCAGGUGGAGGAGAUGGAGCUGACAAGGAGCAGAAUGGCUGUCUGCCACCCCCAGAGAGUGAGUCUAAGGUGUGACCAGUUUUCUCAACCCCUGUGGCAGACCGGGAGCCAGACGUAGGUGCAUGAGGAGCUGCAGAGUGAAGGUGGCAGAGGAGAGGCCAGCAAGGCCCGAGAGCAGCUCCGGCUGGAAAGGCUCUUUGAGUCCAGGAUCCAGUAGGGAAGGGAGGGGCCCUAGUUUCAAGAGAAUGGAGGGUGGGGAUGGGAGAAAACUGUCUGUGUUUGACCUUCACGUCUUUCACGGGUGGGUGGAUGGAGGGACAGAAGGAUGGGAAGGUGAGAGACAGUGGAUGGAUCACUUCUGUGGCAGUGGACUGACACAUUGCUCUCAGCAUUGCCACUACCUAUAGCACGCCUUUGGGCAAAACCGACAGCCACCAUUUUCCUCCAGACAGAGGCAGCCCCAAACCAGGGUGCAUGACUCGGGGAGCAGAGUGUGGGAUGGACUACCGUCUCUAUGCACCCCCUCAGUCAGCCCUCCUGUGUGUGGCACGCGUGCCUAACUGGCUCCAGUUGAGCCAGAGAGAACAGUGGAUGGAGGUGGUCAGGGUGAUGAGGGAGGUGAGGGAGCCCAGCAAGGUAUCAAUGGCUUUACCCCUCAGCGUUCAGGCCAACAGGCAGGAGAGGCAGACGCCAGAGCUGGGGCCCUGGAGGAAGAGGACCAAGGAUGGCUGUUUUGUGGCAGCUGAGUGAGAACUUGAAGGUGGAAUGGUGAAGGCAGAAAGGAGCAGAAGGGCAAGGGGGGGAUCCAGAGAGUGGUGUUAAUGAGAGUGGGGACACCACCGGGUCCCUGGGGAAAACACAGCAGAGGGUCAGACGAGCCACUGAUUUGGUGCCAGGUGUGGCAUUCAAAGACCUGGUGCCUGUCUUCCAAGCACGAGGCCCAGAGGACGAUCAGGACUUCCCCCACGGCAACUAAACAGAGGGUGGUUCACACAGAAAGCCUGCACAACCUCUCGGAGCAAGGAGCGGGAAGGGAUUGGUAAUCAGGAAGCUAGGGAUUGGGUGAGGCAAGAGGGAAUGACGAAAGCGGCAGUUAAAAUGCUUCGCUGGCAUCAGAAUCACCUGGAGGGCCGCGAAAACCCAGACUGCUGGGCCCCACUCCCAAGGUUCUGACUCAGUAGGUCUGGGAUGGAAUUAAAAAUUUUCAUGUCUAACAAGUUCUCAGGUCAUGCUGACGUUGCUGGACUGGGGCCACACUUGGAUGGGCCAACGAAGUUAGGGAGUAGCUGAGGAGACAGUACGGCAUGUGAGAAGGGACCUGGGCCCAGGCUGAAGAUUGUAACUGUAAGUCCAGGAACUCAACUGUGUGUGGAAACUGGCCAAUGACAAGCUGGGGUGGCAUUUGGGAAGAUGAGUGGGCAACAGAUUGGUGGAAGCAGAAAGGCCUUUGGGGAGUCCUGAGGAGGCACUGACUGGGGUGCUUACACAAGAAGGGCUUCAAUGACGAGAGAUCAGAUCUUGUUAGGACCAAAGAGGCAGAGUUCACAGACGACAAAGCAGGAGCCCAAACUUCUGCGUGUGUGCUGCCUGCUGUGUUGGGAUAGGGGAUACAAGAGACGCAGAGCCCCAUCUGGCCUCCAUGCCGUCCCAGUUCUUAUCCCAGUCACCCAUCCCGGGGAUGGGAAGUUGAGUCAGUGCAGAGACUCAGGGCUGGCCUCUCAGGCAAGCAUGCACUUGGGUGGGGUUGGCUCAAACCCCGGGCCUGGCUACACCCCCUCCUGUCCAUGUGGAAGUCUGCUCAUCUGUUCCAGGCUGGAGAGUCCAGGUCCUAACUUGCGUUCACUUAGAGAGAGCCUAGCCCCUCCCCUUCAGAUAGGAAUGGAUGUCUUUGCCUCCUGUCCCAGGGCCUCGGAGGUCCCCUUCAGUCAAAGAUGAUGUCCUUGUGAAUCCUGCCGUUUGUUAUUCUCCCAAGAACAGAUGCCAGGCUGGAGCGCUGGGAAUGAUCUGGGUUUAAUCUGGCAAAACAGGACGGGGUGGAGGCCUGCCUGGUGUGUAUAUACACAGCACUGGAACAGAGAAACUGAGGCUGUCCCUGGAAGUCACAUCACUGUCACCACUCAGGGCAUGACUGUUCAGUGCAGUCAAGAGACCUGUGUUCUAAAGCCAACACUGACUGUCACUAAUUAGCUCAGCAAAUCAGAUCACUUCUUUGGGUUUCAGUUUCCUCAUUUGUAAAACUCACAUUCAGCAAACUAAUCAUGCUCAAUAAAUGUUAACUGAACCACA